UUUAAUUUGAUAUAAGGGUUUAGCAGGGUUAUGAGCUCCUGGUUUUAACCGGAAACUCUAGAGCCUUGCGCCUGCAUUCAUAUCGCUCAGCGGAUUCUCCCCUUCUGAAAAACAAACACAACAACAAUAACGACAGGCAUGCACUCAGGCGUCGAGGAGAGAUUGAGGCUUUUGGAUGUGUGCCGUAUGACUACAGAGGUGUAGGUCUUCACUUUGUACCUCAGGCUCGUCGGAAAAGGUCUUCACCACAUCUCGCCGCACCAGAUCAAGAUGGCUGAUGCUGCUGAUGGAGUAAUACCAGUCGUUGAUUUUGGUAUUAUGGGUUUAAAUUGUCAGAACCCCCCUUCCCUCGAUGAAGAUUCCGUUAAGUUACUAGCUGAAAAAAUAUACACGGCUUUUAGUACGAUUGGGUUUGUAUAUUUAACAAAGCACGGAAUAUCUGAUGCGGAGAUUUCAGAAGUCCGCAGGGUAGGGGAUGGAUUUUUUCAUCUCCCAACAGAUGUCAAAAAACAAUUCACUCGACCUAGUGAUGGAAGAAAUUUUGGUUGGGUUUCCCUUGAGAGAGAAAGUUUAAAUCCUCAACGACCAGGGGAUUUAAAGGAAGCCUACAAUGUUUGCGAACUUGAAGAUGAGUCACAGAAAUGGCCAGAUCAGCAGGUUCCAGACUUCAGACCCACGGUCACAUCAUUUUUCAACAAAUGUAAAAAUCUAACUUUCAGAAUUCUUGAUGUUGUUGGUAUCGGGCUCAAGUUACAGGACCCUAAGUGGCUUGCACAAGUGCAUGGUUCCAUUGGUACAUCAGGGAAUCCAACUGCCUUACGACUGUUAUAUUACCCACCCCUCCCUGAGGAGUCUAUUAUCAAGCCAGAGCAAGUGCGAUGUGGGGAACAUAGUGACUAUGGGAGCAUAACAUUGUUGUUUCAGGAUAGUGUUGGUGGAUUAGAGGUCCUGCCAGUGAAUGGGGCAUACACCCCUGCAAGGCCUAUUUCUGGAACUGUGCUUGUCAAUAUUGGAGAUCUGAUGCAACGUUGGACAGCUGACAAACUUAGAUCCACUAAACACAGGGUACUUAUUCCAGAUGAGGAAAGAAAGCAGAGGACUGUGCGUCGAUCACUGGCUUUCUUUGCUCAUCCCGACAAUGAAGUGAUGAUUGAGUCUCUGGAUGGUUCAAACAAGUAUGAAGCUAUAACGUCUCUGGGAUAUCUACAGGAAAGAUUUGCAGCAACAUACUAGGGGGGUGGCCGUGUGACAUGUAAAUGAGCAUAAAAAUUGAAACUACAAGACGAACGUGAUUCCUGAUUUUUGAAAAAGUUACAAUAUGUUAAAGGCAGGUAAAAGUCUACCAGGCAUAUGAGUUUUGUCAAAAUUUGUGCAUGCAGUGGGAUUGUCUCCUCCCCAUUGCUACCAUAAUACAGGAAUAACAGUGAUACAAGUUUGAUUUGCAAUAGGCAUAGCUGCAUUAUACAAUAAAUUCAGGAUAUCACAUGGCUGAACCGCGAUACAAAAUUUCUCUUUGAGUGGUGAAAAUGUUUCAUGAAUGUGCACAGUGAAUGAGUGAAAUAUUUUUCAACACUCCACAGGAAAAUGAGUAUUACCAGGCCAUUUCACUUUUGCUUCAAAAGCCACAUUUCAUUAUGCAACCAUAGCAACAGUGAUCUUUUUGCAUGUGUCAAGAUAUCGUGUUUUCGCACAAAGGCUCACCUGGUAUUUCAUUGGUGUUUAUAUAACAACAACAAAAAAAGUACAAUGAUUUAUGUACUUAAAAAGAAUUUAUUUUAAAAUCAUGGAAAAAUAAUAAUCUAGACUCUGACAUUUGUACAUGUAUGAGCUAUCAAGAAAAUAAAACAGAAAACUUAACCUGUUGAAUUGAUUGUUCAAUUACAAAAGAAGCCACACAAAUAAAGUUUUCUCAUAUUUUGUUAAAAAAAUAAAAAAAGAGAACAGGUCAGACAAUUAAUAUAAUCAUACAAGAUCAUUGGCAGUUGUUUGUCAUACAGGAUUAUUGGCAGUGGUACAAACAAACUUGAUUGUUGUAACUCCCACCUCAAAUACGUUUUCCGACUGGAGAAUGUGUCACGUGUCAUGGGUCAAAACUCACUCACUCCCUAGGGCAAACAAAACUCACUAACUCCCUGGGGAAACUUGAACUUUCAAUUUGCACGUGAUCAUGUCAUGCACCUUGAAACCAUGGCAAAUUUGUGGACCUGUUGGUGUCAAGCAAUUAUUUUUUU